GAGUCCGUCUGGGCACGCGUGAUCGCGCCGGGAUGGAUUCCUCCUCGGCUUCCUCCGUGGCGGGCUUGAGUGCUGUGGACCCGCAGUUGCAGCAUUUCUUCGAGGUGGAGACCCAGAAGCAGCGCUUCCAGCAACUGGUGCACCAAAUGACUGAACUUUGUUGGGAGAAAUGCAUGGACAAGCCUGGGCCAAAGUUGGACAGUCGGGCUGAGGCCUGUUUUGUGAACUGCGUUGAGCGCUUCAUUGAUACAAGCCAAUUCAUCUUGAACCGACUGGAACAGACCCAAAAAUCGAAGCCAGUCUUUUCACAAAGCCUUUCUGACUGACCUCAGCAUUAUCUCUUUGAAAAAGGAAGGUAGUUCA